AUGCUUCUCCAUGAAGCUAUGCGCUCUCUGCCGAUGCGGGAUGGAGAGAUUCCUCUAGAAGAUGCGCAAACGACCACAGUCGAUCUCGCGACACGAAAGCUGCCUGAUUUUGUGUCCGUCACUCGUGGGCCAGGCAUGCGCAGUAAUCUCUUCACGGGUCUUGAUACCGCCAAGGGACUCGCUGUAGCAUGGCAGAAACCUCUCGUCGGAGUCCACCACAUGCAGGCUCAUGCGCUUACGCCACGUAUGGUCAACGCCCUCGAAGCCCACACCGAGCCUGAACACAGCGCCAUCUACGAUUCGACGUCGAUACAAACCGCGCCAAAGUUUCCGUUUCUAUCCGUCCUCGCCUCAGGUGGUCAUACACUGCUCAUACACUCGGCGUCUUUGACGGACCACCGCGUGCUGGGUUCUACAAAUGACAUUGCUGUGGGAGAGUGCUUGGACAAGAUCGCUCGUGUAGUGCUGCCUACAGAGUUACUAGAAACAUCAAAGAGCACCAUGUAUGGAGCGCUCCUCGAGGCAUUUUCGUUGCCCGAUCGCUCCCGCAAGUCAAUAUCUGGCGACGCAUCAACCCAUGUAACGAAGCCACCAAAUUAUUCAGCCAAGACAUACUUGGAUGCUCAUGGAUACUUAUAUGAUUGGUACGAAGUUCCGUUGAAUCAUGAAGACGCCAUGCAGAAGAGCGCGACAAAAUGGGGCUGGGCACUCAAUCGGCCCCUGACUAAAUCAGGUGGAGGUGUCAAGAUCAACAGUCUUGAGCUGAGCUUUUCAGGUAUUACGACAAUGGUUGAGCGCAUCGUUCGGUUUGGCAUGGAUCCGGUCACUAGAAAAUUCAACAAAGUCGAGCGAACGGCGGCAGACGUUAGCCUUGACGAGCGCAUGGAUCUUGCACGCGAGACCAUGCGCGCAGCUUUUGAGCAUGUCGCUUCCCGAGUAGUUCUAGGCUUGCAGACUCAAGAAGAUACUCUAGCCGUGCCUGCGGUUGUCAUGGCUGGUGGCGUGGCUGCCAACUCGUUUCUCCGGCACAUCAUUCGCGCAGCACCUGCUGGCUUACAACAUCGCCAGAUUGGCGUUCUUCCACCCAAACAGAGUGUCUCUUGGGACACUGGCAACUCAGAACCCACCGAAGAGCCACAAGAGCCCGUUGUCCCAUCCAAGCCAACUGAUGAGAUUAGCCUUGGAACACCAUCGGGCUGGAUCAGCUGGGAAACCACCGGCCCAGCUCCCACAGAUGCUCCAGAAGAACCUGAGUACCCGCCUCCAGCCAAGCCUACUGAUCAAUUCAGUAUUGGUACGCCGUCCGGCUGGAUCAGCUGGGAAACGAGCGGGCCUGCGCCCACACCUGCUCCCCAAGAACCCGACUACCCUCCUCCUUCUAAGCCGACGGAUCAAUUUAGCAUCGGUAAACCAUCCUUCUGGGUGAGCUGGGCCACUGACGGGCCCGAACCAACUCCUGAACCGGAAGAGCCUGAGGAGCCUGCUUACCCCCCACCUAAGCCUAGCGAUCAGUUCAGCAUCGGAAAACCAUCUUACAGUAUUACCUGGGACGGAGAUGGUCCAGGCGCCUCUUCAACGCCUACGCCAGAACCGACACCUACACCGGAACCAACGCCAACGCCAAAGCCAACUUCGAAGUACUCCUCCAUCGUAUCUCUUCCCCCUAUCUGGUCGAACUCCAGUAUGACUAGCUCCGCUUCCGUCACUAGUUACAAGCCUUCAGUGUCUUCUUCUACCAAGUCUGCUUCAUCGAGUAAGAUUUCAUCUACCAAGAAACCCGGCUAUCCUCCAUGGAACCCAUGGCCACCGAAACCAACGACAAUGAAGUCUACCGCAAAGUCCACUAUGACGUCUACGAAGAAGCCAACUUCGACACCAAAGCCGUCGACAACUGCUAAGCCAACACCUUCCCCAGCUCCAGUCCCCUCAACAACCAAGAGCGCUAUCAUCAGCCUCUCUCCGCCUAAGUUCAGCGUGAGCUGGGAUUUGAACAAGAGAAUCGCAAAGCCAACUUCUAUGACUACAAAGAAGCCUAAGACGAGUAAGACUAUGAUGACAAAGACUACCACGAAGAGGAGCACUUCAAAGAGCACGUCAAAGUCUACCUCCAAGUCAUCAUCAAAGUCAUCUUCAGUAGCUACAACAACGCCUAAGCCUACAUAUACACCCAAGCCUACGCCUACACCAACGCCAUCCCCCACUCCAACACCCACUCCAACACCGACGCCCAGUCCUCCUCCCUCUUCCGCAACCCCAAGUCCUCCCUCUACUUCCACCUCCACACGUUCAGCAGACAUCACCGUAGGUCCACCCAACUACAGCGUAACCUGGGACUACGACGAGCCCGAACCAACAGCCCCUCCCUCAGAAGAAGAGCCCUACCCCUCCGACCCAGAAGGACCCUUCCCCGAGGAGCCAUUUCCCGAAGAGCCCUUCCCAGAAGACCCAGAAGAUGACUUCCCGCCCCCCUCCCAACCAACCCAAGCAAACAGCAUCGGCCUGAACCCGCCCACCGUAACCGUAAUCUGGGGCAAAAAGCGCCAAGAAGACGAUGAUGCCUUACCCACAUCUUCACCUGACCUCCCUACAGACAGCGAAGACGACGACGGCCCCGUAGAAAUCCCCGCUGCACCCGCACCAACCCAACCCAACAGUGUGGGCCUCAACCCCCCAACCUACACCGUCAUCUGGGGUAAAGAAAGGAAACGCGCUGCUGACGCUGCGCCGGAACCUACUGCCGCCCCAGCCCCCGCUGUAGCUGUAGCAGAACGAGAAGCAGUGCCAGCGCCGUAG